CAAAAUAAAAGAAAAGGAGAAAGGUAAUUCGAUUUUAGUCAAGAGGUUGUCGAAGUAUUCAGAGAAGGAGAGAAAGGAAGGGAUGGAUCUGUGAAGCUCAAAUGAAGAAUGCGUAUUUCUCUAUCUCUCUCUCUGUUACAGGCACAGCACAAGUAGUAUAAUCAUCCAUCAGUAGUCAGAUCUGUUGAUAAAACAGAUCAGAUCGGAUCUUACAAGAAUCAGAAGGAAGGAAGAAAUAAUGCUGCGAUUAAGAGCAUUCAGACCCAGCAAUGAUAAGAUCGUAAAGAUUCAAUUGCAUCCUACGCAUCCAUGGCUUGUCACUGCCGAUGCCUCCGAUCGCGUCUCCGUUUGGAAUUGGGAACACCGCCAGGUUAUCUACGAACUCAAAGCCGGCGGUGUCGACGAGAGACGUUUAGUCGGCGCCAAGUUGGAGAAGCUUGCUGAGGGUGAAUCUGAGCCGAGAGGGAAGUCUACCGAAGCCAUGCGUGGAGGGAGUGUGCAGCAGGUUAACUUUUAUGAUGAUGAUGUCCGGUUUUGGCAACUCUGGCGUAAUCGGUCAGCCGCUGCGGAGGCUCCUUCCGCCGUCAGCAAUGUAACUUCAGCAUUUGCUUCUCCAGCUCCAUCCACUAAAGGGAGACACUUCCUUGUCAUCUGUUGUGUAAACAAAGCCAUCUUUCUGGACUUGGUCACCAUGCGUGGUCGUGAUGUGCCUAAACAAGAACUUGACAACAAGUCACUUAUCUGCAUGGAGUUUCUCUGCAGAUCUACUGCUGGUGAUGGUCCUCCACUAGUUGCAUUUGGUGGAUCUGAUGGUGUCAUCAGAGUUCUUUCAAUGAUAUCAUGGAAGCUUGUACGCAGAUACACUGGAGGUCAUAAAGGAUCCAUUUCUUGUUUGAUGACCUUCAUGGCUUCCUCUGGUGAGGCUCUUCUUGUUUCGGGUGGUAGUGAUGGUUUACUUGUACUCUGGAGUGCAGACCAUGGUCAAGAUUCACGAGAACUUGUACCCAAGCUAAGCUUAAAAGCACAUGAUGGUGGGGUUGUCACUGUUGAGCUUUCGAGAGUAAUUGGAGGUGCUCCGCAACUUAUUACCAUUGGUGCAGAUAAAACAUUAGCUAUAUGGGACACAAUCUCUUUUAAGGAGUUGCGGCGUAUUAAACCUGUUCCAAAACUUGCGUGCCACAGUGUGGCAUCUUGGUGCCACCCUCGAGCUCCAAACCUAGAUAUCUUAACUUGCGUCAAAGAUUCUCAUAUAUGGGCCAUCGAACACCCCACCUAUUCAGCCCUUACAAGGCCAUUGUGCGAGCUUUCUUCACUAAUCCCUCCGCAAGUUCUUGCACCAAACAAGAAACUUAGGGUUUAUUGCAUGGUCGCGCAUCCUCUACAGCCCCACCUUGUUGCUACUGGAACCAAUUUUGGUGUUAUUGUCAGCGAGUUUGAUGCUAGAUCUCUUCCAGCUGUGGCUCCCAUACCAACACCAACAGGAAAUCGAGAGCAUUCUGCCAUUUAUGUAGUUGAAAGGGAAUUGAAGCUUCUGAAUUUCCAAUUGUCCAACACAGCAAAUCCAUCUCUUGGAAGUAAUGGUUCAUUAUCUGAAACAGGAAAGUACAGGGGAGACUCGGCUGAACCAUUACAUGUCAAGCAGAUGAAAAAGCAUAUCAGUACACCUGUUCCUCAUGAUUCUUAUUCAGUUCUUUCUGUAAGCAGUUCAGGGAAAUAUCUCGCAAUUGUGUGGCCAGAUAUUCCUUACUUCACUAUAUACAAGGUGAGCGACUGGUCCGUUGUAGAUUCAGGCAGUGCAAGGCUUCUGGCUUGGGAUACCUGUCGUGAUAGGUUUGCUAUUUUGGAAUCUGCAUUGCCUCCUAGAAUGCCAAUAAUUCCGAAAGGGGGUUCAUCAAGAAAAGCAAAAGAAGCAGCUGCAGCUGCUGCACAAGCUGCGGCAGUGGCUGCCUCUGCUGCCUCUGCUGCGUCUGUGCAAGUUCGUAUCUUGCUGGAUGAUGGAACAUCAAAUAUAUUAAUGAGGUCCAUUGGUGGUCGCAGUGAACCGGUUAUUGGUUUGCAUGGAGGGGCACUUCUUGGUGUGGCCUAUCGAACAUCUAGGAGGAUUAGCCCUGUUGCAGCUACAGCUAUUUCAACUAUUCAGUCUAUGCCCUUGUCAGGAUUUGGAAGCGGUGGCCUUUCUUCUUUUACUACUCUCGAUGAUGGAUUUAACUCUCAUAAAUCUCCUGCUGAGGCAGCCCCACAAAACUUUCAGCUUUAUAGUUGGGAAACUUUUCAACCUGUUGGUGGUCUACUUCCUCAUCCAGAAUGGACUGCAUGGGACCAAACAGUUGAGUACUGUGCUUUUGCUUAUCAGCACUAUAUUGUCAUAUCUUCUUUGCGGCCUCAAUACAGAUACCUUGGAGAUGUUGCUAUUCCCUAUGCUACUGGAGCUGUUUGGCAUCGGAGACAGCUUUUUGUGGCCACACCAACUACCAUCGAAUGUGUUUUUGUAGAUGCUGGAGUUGCAGCAAUUGAUAUAGAAACAAGAAAGAGGAAAGAGGAAAUGAAAAUGAAAGAGGCACAGGCUAGAGCAGUUGCUGAGCAUGGAGAUUUAGCCCUAAUCACAGUAGAUGGUCUGCAAUCUGCUACCCAAGAUAGAAUACCAUUAAGGCCCCCAAUGCUACAGGUAGUCCGGUUGGCUUCUUUUCAGCAUGCUCCUUCGGUGCCACCUUUCUUAACAUUGCCAAAACAGACUAAAGUUGAUGGAGAUGAUUCAGCAAUGCCAAUAGAAGAGAAAAAAGUUAAUGAGAUAGCUGUUGGUGGUGGAGGGGUCUCCGUGGCAGUUACUCGUUUUCCAACAGAGCAGAAACGACCAGUAGGACCUCUAGUUGUGGUGGGUGUGAGAGAUGGAGUUCUUUGGCUUAUCGAUAGGUACAUGUGUGCACAUGCCUUAUCCCUAAGUCAUCCUGGUAUUCGUUGCCGCUGUCUUGCUGCUUAUGGGGAUGCUGUUAGUGCAGUGAAAUGGGCAAGUAGGCUUGGUAGGGAACAUCAUGAUGAUUUGGCACAAUUUAUGAUGGGGAUGGGCUAUGCUACUGAAGCACUGCAUUUACCUGGAAUAUCUAAGAGGUUGGAGUUUGAUCUGGCCAUGCAAAGCAAUGAUUUGAAAAGAGCUCUUCAGUGCCUUCUUACCAUGAGCAACAGCAGGGACAUAGGUCAAGAUGGUAUUGGGCUGGAUUUGAAUGACAUUCUCAACAUAACAGCUAAAAAAGAAAAUAUUGUUGAAGCUGUUCAAGGAAUAGUGAAAUUCGCAAGGGAGUUUUUGGACCUCAUUGAUGCUGCGGAUGCUACUGCUCAAGUUGAUAUUGCUCGUGAAGCUCUCAAGAGGUUAGCUGCUGCAGGUUCUGUGAAAGGAGCCUUACAGGGCCAUGAAUUGAGAAGACUUGCUUUAUGCCUGGCAAAUCAUGGAGAGUUGACAAGGCUGAAUGGUCUGGUAAGCAAUUUGAUUUCAGCUGGCCUGGGACGGGAAGCAGCAUUUUCUGCUGCAGUGUUGGGAGACAAUGCUCUCAUGGAAAAGUCAUGGCAGGAUACUGGGAUGCUUGCGGAGGCUGUACUACAUGCCCAUGCUCAUGGACGCCCAACACUCAAGAAUUUGGUUCAGUCUUGGAACAAAAUGCUGCAGAAAGAGGUUGACCAUGCUCCCUCUAAAAAGAUCGAUGCUGCAUCUGCCUUUCUGGCUUCACUUGAAGAACCUAAGCUUACCAGUUUAGCAGAAGCCGGGAAGAAGCCACCAAUUGAAAUUCUUCCACCUGGAAUGCCAUCUCUUUCUGCUCUAAUUACCACUCAGAAAAAACCAACUCCUGGUAUACAGAGUUCACAGCAGAAACCGUUACAAUUAGAAGCUCCUCCCACUGCCACUCCUGAAGCAGUUAAUGUAUCUGCUGCAACCACAGCAACUUCAGAAGCUCCAGAAAAUGCAUCUGCUGCAACCACAACUACUUCAGCAGCUACAGAAAAUGCACCUCCUAGCACUACACCAGAAGCAGGAAGUUCUCCACUGCCAUCAGAAGCAAGCAAACCUACUGUUGAUGAUAAGGCUCCUACUUCAUCCCCAGGAAGUAAUUCAGAUCAAAUUGCUCCAGUGGAAAGUAUACCGGAAACAAUUGCAAGUGAUUUGGCAUUGCCACCUCAAAUACCAGAUAACCAGGGAGCAACUGUUCCAGCUAAUACUACAUUGCCAAUGAGUGAUGUUCUAGGUGGAAAAAGCUAGUUUGAGCAACUUGGUUCCAGAAGAUAAAGAAAAUUCUUUCAAUAAUUUCUUUUUACCUGCAGGAAUUUUUGAGUUUCUUGCAGCCGGCCAAACCAUUCCAAUGUCAAAACAAAUAGCAGCACAAAAAAUCAGUUUGCAGCUCAGGUGCAUCCUUUCGUGUAUAAUUUUGUCGGUUAUUUACUUGUGUGCAUCCAUAGUGUAUAUUUUUUGUUGGUGAUUCACUUGUGUGUAUCCUUGGCGUAUGUUGCCUAGAGCCGAUUUGGCUCGUUGAAAGUUUCGUAGCCUCCAAAAGAGAAGAGAUAAAGUGUACUCCUUGGUGUGUAUGGUUGUUGGUCUUCAAUGUUUCAUACAUACAGUGUCGAAAUUAGAACUUAGCUUCGGUCU